AGAUAACUUCCGGGUCACCAAACCCAGUUUCACGCUUAUUGCCGUUGUGUUGCGUUUCUGUGUCACUGCUGCAGCAGACCUCGCUCACAAACAUGGCAGCCAAAGCAGGGAAACAGAGUCGCCCUAGAAAGGCGGAGAAGGAUGAAGAGGAGCAGCCGCUGCUGCAGGCCGUUCUCGUCGCAGACAGCUUCAACCGCAGGUUCUUCCCCAUCAGCAAAGACCAGCCUCGGGCUCUUCUACCUCUGGCUAAUAUCUCCAUGAUUGACUACACAUUAGAGUUUCUGACCUCUACUGGAGUGCAAGAGACGUUUGUCUUCUGCUGCUGGAUGUCCAGCAAAAUAAAGGAACACUUACAAAAGUCCAAAUGGUGUCGCCCCACAUCUCCAAAUGUGGUGCACAUCAUCACCUCUGACCUGUACCGCUCUCUCGGAGAUGUGUUGAGGGACGUGGACGCCAAAGCUCUCGUCCGCUCGGACUUUCUGCUGGUGUAUGGGGACGUGGUGUCCAACAUCGAUAUUUCCCAGGCUUUACAGGAACACAAAGUCCACAUAGCCAAUGAUGUGAAGGUCAAGCAGUCGGUUAUCUGUGAUAAUGUGGAGGUGAAACACAGAGUCGUUUUGAAUGAGCAGUGUGUGCUCGCCUACAACUGUGAUGAACCCUCGCAGAUUCUUCUAGCGCAGCAGCAGCACAGGAUUCGUCGCUCGGACAGCAUUCUGUCCUCUGCCUUUGUUUUCCCCUUGUCAGGAGACAGUGUUACUCUGGAUAGAGCUUACAUAUGGAACAGAGUCCACAUAGCCAAUGAUGUGAAGGUCAAGCAGUCGGUUAUCUGUGAUAAUGUGGAGGUGAAACACAGAGUCGUUUUGAAUGAGCAGUGUGUGCUCGCCUACAACGUUGUGGUGGGUCCAGAUAUUACUCUUCAGGAAGGCACAGUUCUGUCCAUGCACCAUCCAGAUGAAGAGGAUGAUGAAGAUGAGGAUGAGUUCUUGAGCGAUGACGAUGUUGGCCACAGUAAAGACAAAACCAAACAGAAAGUGUUUAACCCAGCAGAGGUUGGUUCAGAGGGUAAAGGAUACAGAUGGAAGACCAGCAGUCUUGAUGACACAGAGGAAGAUGAGCUUGCUGAAUGCAUUUGGGGCCUAGCGUUGAAUCCCGACCCAGAGAGUGACAGUGAAAGUGAGGUCAGUGAGGGGUCACAUGACCUGGGAAGCCACCCUGCAUCACCUGAACUGGAUGAUGUCAAAGUGUUUCAGAAUGAGGUUCAUGGUACGUUACAGAGAGGGCUGGAUGAGAACAUAAGCUGUGACAAUCUGGUACUUGAGAUCAACUCGCUCAAGUACGCCUACAACAUUUCUCUGAAGGAGGUUAUGCAGAUCUUGAUUCGAGUUUUGCUUGAGUUUCCUUUCCACCAGCAGGGGGCUCAGAAAAGCACAGCUCAGUAUUCAUCGCACCUGCUGCCUUUGUUGAAGAAGUGGGCGCCAGUCUUCAAGAACUAUGUGAAGAGACCUCAAGACCAACUGGACUGUCUUGCUUCCAUGGAGGAGGUUUUCCUUGAACGUGAAACUCAUUGGGCAGCUUUGGUCAAAGUGCUGAUGAGUAUGUACCAGCUGGAGAUCUUGGAGGAGGAAGGCAUCAUGAGCUGGUUCAGACAGAGCUCCACCACAGACAAGAGCCAACAGCUCCGCAGGAAUCAAGGGCUCUUGAAGUUCAUCCAAUGGCUAGAGGAGGCUGAGGAGUCUCCAGAAGGAGACGAAUGAACAUAAACCAACAUGUUUGUGACUCGCACACUUUGGACGGUCAUUUAUACACUUUACAAACCAGAAACAAAACACAUCUUGGUGUGUUUGUGGAAUGUUUAAUUCCUGACAAAUGGCAACCUAUAUAAGGUGUGGAAAUGGAUAUUUAUUCAGUUUUUUUUCUUUGUUGAUUUCUGUAUGGUUGUAAUGCUUCAAUUGUUCAAACCAAAAAUGAAAAUUUACUUAAAGGGUGCUGUAUUUAAAUUGAAAGCUAGUGGUUGGAAUGGGUACUGCAGCAGUCCAAAUUCAGAUGACGCUCACGUGGGUUACCAGAUUGAGAACUAUAGGAACGAGCGCAAUUGACAAUGGAAGGCGAUGAGUCUUACACUGUAGAUGAGUUGAUUUAUUUGUUUUUUAAUAUUUCCCUGGUCAUAGAGCUUAUUAAAUGGAUGCAGAGGCUUUUUAUGUUGGAUAGAAUCUGCAAUCUCGGAGUCAGUUUGUUUGCAGGCUUCCAUGGCUACAACUGGCAACCCUAGGUGUCAAAUACUAUUGGUUAAACUGGCAGUGGGCGGAGUCACAGACCAAAACAAAAACAGACAUUCUGACAUGGAACGCACAUUUCGAAGUAGAAUAGCUGCCUGUAGCAUUGUUUUCAGAGAACUUAACGUUUCCUAAAUAUCUACAAAUAUAUUAUGGUAUUUUAUGCUUUAGUACAGUCAAAAGAAUUACAUACAGCACUUUUAAUUUACCGUCAUGUUCAAAAUAUGCAUUUCUCCUACGGAACACAAAAAUGAUAUUCUGAAGGACAAACAUUGAAUUUUAUGGAUAAGGAAUAAUAAGAUUCAAUAAAAAUAACAUUCUAUGAAUAUAAAAUAACAUGUCCAUACUUAUAAAAGUAAAGCAAGGGAAAGACCUAUUGCGACCCUUUAAACCUUUGUCUGUCACUCAUCUUAAACAUCUUAAUUUAUGACAUACAGACCCUUUUGAUAAUAAAUGAUUUAUAUAGGUUACUUGGUUAUGAAUGUCUGGAAUAUUCAUUUUGAGAUACCAUUUUAGUUUUUUUUGUGAACCUUGAUGACAAAGUGCACAACAGAAUUAAAGUGAUUGAAGUUGACAUGAACACACAAGAGUUAUGAAUGACUUUUAAUAUUGGUAAAUUAGUCAAGCAGAACGGAGCUGAUAUUAUUUUGGAUUCAUAAAAAAUGAA